CGCGAUCACGUGACCGCGCAGUGCCGUUGGUGAGUCUCCAAGCAUGGCGGAAGGAGUAGUUCUCCGGAUGGAUUGUUACUCACCUUUUAAUUCACGCUUUAUGCCUUGACCGGAGGAUUUUGGGCUUUCGAAGUGCAUUUCAUCACACUUAAAACAACUUAAGCGUAUUUUCGCGAAGAUGGCAGACCGCGGUGUGGAUUUGGCAGCUCUACCGAAAGAGGUUAGAGAGCAGUUGGCGGAGUUGGAGCUCGAGCUGUCUGAAGGUGACAUCACACAGAAAGGCUAUGAAAAGAAGCGAGCUAAACUGCUGGCUCCAUUCGUACCACAGACCCAAAAUGUGGACGUGAGUAUUCUUUCUACAGACUCCACCUCGAGCCCUAUUACCAUCCCUAUUGCUGCCCCACGGCAACACAGGGCUCACCGAAGUGGAGGAACACGGGAUGACCGCUAUCGGUCAGAUAUCCACACAGAGGCAGUGCAGGCAGCUCUGGCCCGGCAUAAAGAGGAGAAGAUGGCCCUUCCAAUGCCCACUAAGCGGCGUUCAGCCUUCGUCCAGUCUCCUGCAGAAAACUGCACUCCUCCCGAUACAUCGUCAGCGUCGGAGGAUGAGGGCUCCCUGCGCCGGCGUCAAGCCGCAAUCAGUGCAAUGCUGGCUCAGAACCUCCAGAGUCCCGAAUACUGGAUCAACCGAUCAGUCCAGGGCUCCUCCACAUCCUCCUCCGCCUCCUCCACGCUUUCUCACGGAGAUGGCAAAACGCACAACCACAACAACCACAGCCAGGGGCAGACCAGUGCGCUCGCAGAUGUGCUGGCACACACCCGCAUAGAUACCAACAGCAGUAGUGGCAGUGUCCCGCCUGACGUCACGUCCACAGCGCCCCAGGACAGGAACUCCAGAGUAGACCUGCCAGCCAACAUCGCAGUGAAGGGCAUAAGCCGAGGCCAGAGCCGAUCCAGUAUGAUGGACACUGCCGGCGGAAAAGGUGUUCCAGCACACAGUCGUGUCUCCACUAAAAUACAGCAGCUGCUUAACACGUUGAAGAGACCCAAGAGGCCUCCGCUCAGCGAGUUCUUCCUGGAUGACUCUGAAGAGAUCGUGGAAGUUCCCCAGCCAGAUCCUAACACACCUAGGCCAGAGGGCCGGCAGAUUAUUCCAGUGAAGGGGGAGCCGCUAGGGGUGGUCAGUAACUGGCCUCCAGCUUUGCAGGCAGCGCUGGCACGCUGGGGAGCCACACAGGCUAAAAGCCCUGCUCUCACUGCCUUAGACAUCACCGGAAAACCCCUCUAUACCCUGACCUAUGGUAAACUCUGGAGUCGCAGUCUGAAGUUGGCGUACACACUGUUAAACAAACUUGGUACCAAAAAUGAACCAGUCCUGAAACCUGGAGAUCGAGUGGCGUUAGUUUAUCCCAACAGUGACCCUGGGAUGUUCUGGGUGGCCUUUUAUGGGUGCCUUCUUGCUGAGGUCAUUCCUGUCCCGAUAGAGGUGCCAUUAUCUCGAAAGGAUGCAGGGAGUCAGCAGAUAGGCUUCCUGUUGGGUAGCUGUGGUGUUGGUCUGGCGCUCACAAGUGAAGUCUGUCUAAAGGGACUUCCAAAGACCCCGAAUGGAGAAAUAAUGCAAUUUAAAGGAUGGCCUCGUCUCAAGUGGGUGGUCACUGAUACCAAGUAUCUCACCAAACCAUCCAAGGACUGGCAGCCGCACAUACCUACUGCAAACACUGACACCGCUUACAUAGAGUAUAAGGCCUCUAAGGAGGGUACGGUGAUGGGAGUGGCUGUGUCGAAAAUCUCCAUGCUGACACACUGCCAGGCUCUAACUCAGGCCUGUAAUUACUGUGAAGGAGAAACACUGGUUAAUGUCCUGGAUUUCAAAAAGGACUCUGGGCUUUGGCAUGGAGUUCUAACAAGUGUUAUGAACAGAAUCCACACUAUUAGUGUGCCAUACGCUGUCAUGAAAGCUUGUCCACUGUCUUGGGUGCAAAGAGUUCAUGUUCAUAAGGCUCGUGUUGCUUUGGUGAAGUGUAGAGACCUGCACUGGGCAAUGAUGGCUCACAGAGAUCAGAAGGACACCAAUCUGUCUUCCCUGCGCAUGCUGAUCGUAGCCGAUGGAGCCAAUCCAUGGUCUGUUUCUUCAUGUGACGCCUUCCUGAACGUGUUUCAGUCGCAUGGGCUGAAACCCGAGAUGAUCUGCCCCUGUGCUUCCUCUCCUGAGGCCAUGACAGUGGCCAUCCGCAGGCCUGGUGCUCCCGGCACUCCACUUCCUGCCAGGGCCAUUCUGUCAAUGGCAGGACUCAGUCACGGGGUGAUUCGGGUCAACACGGAGGAUAAGAACUCUGCCCUCACUGUGCAAGAUGUAGGACAUGUCAUGCCUGGAGCUCUGAUGUGUAUUGUGAAGCCUGAUGGGCCGCCAAUGCUCUGUAAGACUGAUGAAAUCGGAGAGAUUGUGUUGAACUCACGAGCCGGAGGCACCAUGUACUACGGCCUGCCUGGGGUGACCAAAAACACUUUUGAGGUGAUUCCUGUAAACUCAGGUGGUACCCCGAUAGGAGACGUUCCCUUCACACGCACUGGACUUUUGGGCUUUGUGGGUCCGGGAAGUUUGGUGUUUGUGGUGGGAAAGAUCGAGGGUCUGCUUAGUGUCAGUGGUCGCAGACACAAUGCAGAUGACCUGGUGGCCACAGCACUGGCAGUGGAGCCAGUCAAAACCGUUUACAGAGGAAGGAUUGCCGUGUUCUCUGUUACUGUGUUCUAUGAUGAGCGGGUAGUGAUUGUUGCAGAGCAGAGGCCUGACGCCAAUGAAGAGGACAGUUUUCAGUGGAUGAGCAGAGUCUUGCAGGCUAUAGACAGUAUCCACCAGGUGGGCUUGUAUUGUUUGGCGCUGGUGCCUGCAAAUACAUUACCCAAAACUCCACUGGGUGGUAUUCAUGUGUCUGAGACCAAACAUCAUUUCCUGGAGGGAUCUCUGCAUCCCUGCAACAUUCUGAUGUGCCCUCAUACUUGUGUCACAAACCUUCCAAAACCCAGACAAAAGCAGCCAGUGGGAGUCGGUCCAGCUUCCAUCAUGGUAGGCAACCUGGUAGCAGGAAAGAGGAUUGCACAGGCUAGUGGGAGAGAUCUUGGGCUAAUUGAUGACCAGGAGCAAUCCAGAAAGCUCUGUGUGUGGCCCACUAACAUGCAUCAGUUCCUGUCUGAAGCCCUGCAGUGGCGAGCGCAGACUGACCCUGAUCAUGUUCUCUACAUGCUGCUGAAUGCAAAGGGUGUAGCAGUGAGCACGGCCACGUGUUCACAACUGCACAAGAGAGCAGAGAAGAUCACAGCGGCCUUGUUGGAAAGAGGAGGAAUUAACACUGGAGACAACGUAGUACUGCUUUAUCCUCCUGGCAUAGAUCUAAUCGCCUCCUUUUAUGGCUGUCUGUAUGCUGGCUGUAUUCCAGUCACUGUCAGGCCUCCUCAUCCACAGAAUCUCUCUGCAACUCUCCCCACUGUCCGAAUGAUCAUAGAUGUGAGCAAAGCAGCCUGUAUCCUCACAACGCAGACCCUGAUGAAGACAUUGAGGUCUAAAGAAGCGGCAGCCAGUGUGAAUGUGAAGACGUGGCCAAAUAUCAUUGACACGGAUGAUCUUCCAAGGAAACGGCCUGCAAGCAUCUAUAAACCACCCACCGCAGAAAUGUUGGCCUAUCUGGACUUCAGUGUGUCCACAACAGGCAUGCUGACUGGAGUUAAGAUGUCUCACUCAGCGGUCAAUGCUCUGUGUCGAUCCAUCAAGCUGCAGUGUGAGCUUUACUCCUCCAGACAGAUCGCCAUCUGCAUGGACCCCUACUGUGGCCUGGGCUUCGUGUUGUGGUGUCUGUCGAGUGUUUAUUCAGGUCACCAGUCAAUCCUGAUUCCUCCCAUGGAGCUGGAGACGUCUCUGCCGCUGUGGCUGAGCACUCUGAGUCAGUAUAAGAUCAGAGACACCUUCUGUUCAUACUCUGUCAUGGAGCUGUGCACCAAGGGUCUUGGCACACAGACUGAAGCUCUAAAGGCGCGCAAUGUGAACCUGUCGUGUGUGCGGAGCUGUGUGGUCAUAGCUGAAGAAAGGCCUCGACUUGCCCUCACACAGUCCUUCUCCAAGCUCUUCAAAGAUCUGGGCCUUUCUCCACGUGCAGUCAGCACCGCUUUCGGCUCCAGAGUCAACCUGGCCAUCUGUCUACAGGGCACUGCUGGUCCAGACCCGUCCACUGUUUAUGUAGACAUGAAGUCCCUCCGUCAUGACAGAGUCAGGCUGGUGGAGAGAGGAGCUCCUCAGAGUCUGCCGCUGAUGGAGUCUGGGACUAUGCUUCCUGGAGUGAGAGUUAUCAUUGUGAACCCAGAGACUAAAGGACCACUAGGAGACUCUCAUCUAGGAGAGAUCUGGGUGAACAGUCCUCAUAACGCCAGUGGUUAUUAUACGAUCUAUGGUGAGGAGAGCCUGCAGGCAGACCACUUCAACACUCGGCUGAGCUUCGGGGACACUGAAACGCUCUGGGCCAGAACUGGAUAUCUGGGAUUUGUCAAGAGGACUGAGCUGCUGGACGCCAGUGGAGAUCGCCAUGAUGCUCUGUUCGUGGUGGGUUCCCUCGAUGAAACACUGGAGUUGCGAGGUUUGCGUUAUCAUCCCAUUGACAUCGAGACUUCUGUGUCUCGGGCACAUCGAAGCAUCGCUGAGAGUGCCGUCUUUACGUGGACCAAUCUUCUGGUGGUGGUGGUGGAGCUCAGUGGCUCUGAACAGGAAGCUCUGGAUCUGGUUCCUCUGGUCACCAACGUAGUGCUAAAAGAGCAUCAUCUUAUAGUUGGUGUGGUGGUGAUCGUAGACCCCGGCGUCAUUCCCAUCAACUCAAGAGGAGAGAAACAGCGAAUGCACCUACGCGACUCCUUCCUUGCUGACCAGCUGGACCCCAUCUAUGUGGCGUACAACAUGUGAUAACUGACGACAAGUGCUUAAAGCUCAACGCGGCACCCAAAGACACGACUCUUCCUCCAGACUGCCCCUGCGCUGAGCCUUGUACAUAUUUGUAUGUUCUCUUUAAUGUGAUUGUUGCCUGAUCGACCAAUGGCGGUCACGAGGCUCAAGCCAUCCGACCUUCUCUGGAGCUUCCAAGAGGGUGGUGCUGUUCUUCGAAAACACAUUUCUGCCCUUUAAAACAGGUGAAAGCCGCAUUUUCGCCACUUUCAGAUAGGCCUCUUCCAUUGAAGCAGCGCUUGUGCUCUUGUGGUGAGACCUGAGGGACUUUUCUGCGCACUUUAUCUCACGGGCUCACAAGAGAGUCCUUCGAUUUGCAUUCUGGAAGCGCUAACUUGGAUAUCAACAACAGUAUCACCAGCAAAACAAACAUAUCUUCUUUUACUCAAAACUGCUAGUCAUUUUAACAAUUUUUAAAAUGGAUGCACCACAUUUUAAUGCAUAAAGGGUUUUUUUUGUACUCGCGUUUUCAACUGUAAUGCACAACAGUAGUGAACUGGAGUGAGGAGGUUGGUGAAACUCCUUGCUGAAAGCACAGGAAUUUUAACAAUACAUUCGUAUGCAAUGCAUUAAACAUGACCGAAACGUUUCAAAACGAGGACAGUUCCAUGCCUUAUUUUUUAAUCGUUCCUGAUUGUCUGAACGGACUGGAAUGACGACCAGAUAAAAAAAAAAAACGGUGUUUGUGUGUAGACUAUAUAUUGUAGUGUCUCACUGGUGUUACAAAUGGACCUCUUUAUUCGGUCCUCCAAAAAAACUUGACUGAUCUUUCAUACUUGAUGGCAAUUCUCAGCAUCGAGAUCAUGAUGCUUAAACAAUACAUAUUUUUACACAUUACAGCGUCACACAAAACUGAUCAUUUUUAUGUUUUCUGUUUCUUUCAAGACUUGUUAAUAUUGACGAACCAUGAUGUUGCUGCAAAUCUGUGUGAACGGCUCUUCUGGAGAGUUUGAAUGUGCAAGAGAGAGAGAGAGAGAGAGAGAGAGACAGACAGACAGAGCAAAUGAGGUAGAAAGCAAGUGUUUUAACCAAGGCUUUUUGAUAUGUGGACAAAGAAUGUGAGCUCAGAGAGGAGUUAAUUUUCUAUCCUAAUUAAAUGACAAUAACUUUUAUUAGCACCUAACAUGUUUCUUUCAGAAUGGCCUUAGAUAUCAAAAUAAUCUUUCUUCCUGCAGAUUGUUUACAUGUGAAUUUCUGCGCAGCUCUUUUCUUUAACAAAUGCACACAUUCUCAUAACGUUUUUUUCCUUUUGUAUUUUUAAUUCUUUUCUUAAUUGUCAAAAUAUUCAGUGUGUCGGUGCAAAAUUUAUAAAGUUUUAUGUUAAUUAAAUUUAUUGUCAUCACAA